AUGUCUGAGGUGUCUGAAGAUAAUAAAAACGAAGAUAAAACUAACAACAAUGUGUCUUAUGAAAACAAAGUUGCUGACGAAAAGCAAAAGAAUAUUAAUGAGGAUUUGAAAAAUCGUCUUCGAAAAUAUAUCAAAAAAUUGGAUGAUACAGGUACAAGUACAACUAAAGAAGAAAGUGAAAAAGUAGAAAUAGAAACAUUUAAACAACUCUAUAGACCUAAAUUGGAAAUUAAUGAUGACUCUUACAAGAAAAUACCAAAGUUCUUCUACAAGCUACCACGCGCCGACGACGUUUUAGCUCAAAAAUUGAGAGAGGAAACCAGAGCUCAGUUUCUUCAAAAGAAAAGUAAAGAAUUACUCGACAAUAGUGAAUUGAAACAUUUGUGGAGUUUGCUCGAGAAGUCGAAUGGAAGCUACAGUAUCGCGGGCAAUGAUGAGCUUACCAUUGAUUAUUUACAAUUCAAGAAAAUUAGAGAUGAAGCAGGCCCUAAGUACAGACCAUAUUUUACUGCUGAAGUGUUUGGUCGUCUCCAAGCAGCAGAAGGAAGCAAUGGCAGAGUCCGGGGUCUAUCGCUAUUCAACUAUGUAAUGAGACGGGUAUGGCUACAGCAGACUCGGAUUGGUCUUUCACUUUAUGAUGUCACCGGUCAAGGAUACCUUACAGAACAUGACCUAGAGAGCUACAUAGCAGAACUGGUGCCGUCGCUAGCGGCACUGGACGGGCUGGACUCGUCCUUUAGCUCGUUCUACGUAUGCACUGCAGUCAGGAAGUUUCUGUUCUUUCUGGACCCACUGAGGGUUGGCAGAGUGAGGAUCAGGGAUGUGCUCUCGUGCUCGUUCUUGGAUGACUUACUUGAGCUGCGGGAGGAAGACAUGCCGAUGGAGUUGCAGGAGCAGAACUGGUUCAGCGCCGCGUCUGCGCUGCGCGUGUACGGGCAGUACUUGAACCUAGACCGCGACCAUAACGGCAUGCUCAGCAUCAACGAGCUCAAGGGGUACGGAUCUGGCACACUGACGCGAGCGUUCCUCCAACGCGUGUUCCAACAAUGUUUGACCUACGACGGCGAAAUGGACUACAAGACGUAUUUGGACCUGGUUCUGGCUUUAGAGAACAGGAGGCAACCGGCUGCACUCGCGUAUCUGUUCCGAGUAUUGGAUAUUAAUUCACAAGGAUACCUUGACGCAUUCACCCUCAACUAUUUCUUUAAGGCGAUCCAAGAGCAAAUGGUUGCGCACGGCGCUGAGCCCGUAAACUUCGACGACGUCAAAGACGAGAUAUUCGACAUGAUCCGACCCCAGCAUCCUUCCCGGAUCACUUUACAGGAUCUUAUUCGCUCCGGCCACGGUCAUACGGCAGUGUCUAUAUUGUUGGAAUUGCAUGGAUUCUGGGCGUAUGAGAAUAGAGAAGCCUUGGCUGCGGCCGGAGAUCAUGCCUGA